CAGCCUCUUCGGAAAGUCAACAUAAGCAUGCUAGCGUUAGCAUUGCAUACUUCAUCGUUCAUGAUACGAUGGCUAGACUUUUAAUCUUGUCUUCUUUGACAAUAAGUGCGUGACGUACGUUAAGUCUCAAGACUCAACCAGUAGAGCACGUUCCCCUAUUGACCCAGUAUUAUAUGCAGCCGGAAAAUUUUUCCUGAAAAGAUGUUACUUGAUGUCUAGACGCACUACUAACUCCGGUUUAUUUAUUUCAUCCGAGACCCACUAGCAGUCAAGCUCCUCUUGUUGUUCUUCGUGGACUUGAUGAAUUUAUACUAGAGAAGAAUAUGGCAAACAACAGUUGUUUAGGGAUUACCCUUCCGUCUCAUUUCCCAUUCUAUUUAACUAGUCUUGUAAUCCAUUUCACAUACUGCAGUAACCUUUUCUCGGGUCAUGGAAUACUGAUCGGCUCUUGGAAUCUACCGGCUAUCAUAGUAGAACAAAAAUAUGUCGCCGGAUUAAGUCUUGACGGCACUUGACGCCACUAGCCAUGCACCCAAGUGUAAUUCUUUUGCCAGUUGUCUUUGCUUCCCAAAUUGUGACCUGACCUUCCACUUCCACCAUGGACAGAAGGCUUUGUGAUGCAGCAUUGGAAGGAGAUGUUACCGCUCUCUGUCAGUUGCUUCAAGCUGAUCCACUUGCUCUUGCUAAAGCUGCUUUGAAGUGCGAGGAUAAGAAUCCUCUUCACAUAGCAGCAAUAUUGGGCCAUGUAGAUUUUGUAAAAGCAAUCUUACAAGUUGAUUUUGCUUAUAUUAUGUGUUUGGCCCGUGAUCAAGAUGGCAGAAGCCCUUUACAUCUUGCUGCCAUGUAUGGCAGAUUGGAAGUCUUGCAAGAGCUACUUGAUGCAGGAUCUCAUGCCAAUUCUGCUCAUUCUAUGUGUUUGGCCCGUGAUCGAGAUGGCAGAAACCCUUUGCAUCUUGCUGCCAUGUAUGGAAGAGUGGCAGUCUUGCAGGUGCUAAUUCGUGCCGGAUUUCAAGCAGCUCUAGAGAAGACAGACGGCGGGGGAACCAUUUUGCACCUCUGCGUCAAACACAAUCAGUUGGAAGCAUUGAAGACGCUUGUCGACAUAGUAAAAUAUCCAGAGUUUGUGAAUGCAAAAAAUGAGGAUGGCAUGACCAUAUUGCACCUGGCCAUAUACUAUGAGCAACAUGAGAAAAUUUGCAUGCAGACUGCGAAGUACAUAUUGCAGAAGAACGGAGUAGAUGUGAAUGCCAGGGAUGCGAAUGGAAAAUCAGCGUUAGACGUCUUACGCGGAGUUGGCAAUAUCAAGUCGGAAAUUGCACGACGUCUCAAAGUUGCUGGCGCCAAGACAAGCGACUUUUCUACAGGAUUACAGGAUUUAGUACGGGAGCAUCGUAGUUGGAUACAGGUGGCAUCCUCAAUUAUUGCGACAAUGGCUUUUCAGGCUGCAAUAAGCCCUCCAGGAGGAGCUUGGCAAGACGACCUAAUAGCAGAUUCACGUGGUAACCCGGUGCCAAAUCCACACAGAGCAGGAGAAGCUGUAAUGGCACACACUCAUCCCCAGAGAUAUGAACUUUUCGUUUUCACAAGCAUAACAUCCUUUUGGGCAGCUCUGUCGACAAUCAUCAUCACCAUCUGUGAUUUUACUGGAAGGCUGGCUCUGUUUCUGCUGUCGAUUCUCCUCCACUUAGCAAUUGUCACACUAGCGGCUGCUCAUUUCACAUCAAUCCAUAUGCUAUACCCUAAAGGCCGCAAAAAAAUAAAACGAAGCACGGAUUGGACGGAAAUCAUACUUCUCUAUGGUGUUUGGGCUGUUAGUGGGAUACUGAUUAUCGCAAUUGUUCACAAGAGGCUCAACAAGAAAACCUCGGGAUUCAGGCUCAGCUGCUGAUGCCCACAGCAAUCCUUAGAUAGAUAUAUAGAUACUAGGAGGUGCUCACCGCGCCUACGCGCGGUGUAAAUUUCAAAGACUGACAUGCCCAGUGUUGCUGAAUAAGCUAAUAAGAAACUGUAUUGUUGGAUGUUUGAAACACAGGUCCAUAGGAAACCUCCUCACUAUUGCUCGUUCUGGAGAAGCUUCCAAGGCUCCUGAGAGUUCUCAUAACUCCCUACAAUGUUAACAGGUACACCCGCUGCCAUCAGAUUUA